UCGUGUAAUUAAUUCAUCAGAAGCAAUUUAUUAUAGUCAUCAAGAUCGUGGUCCAUGGUUUUAUAACUUUGGAGUGAAUGAUAAUCAUUCUGGCCGUGACAAAUGGCAAUAUUAUAAAGUUAAUAAUUAUCAAUUGCCAAUCAGAAAUACAAAGGAUGGAUUUUUUUCAGUAAAUGAUUACGAA